AUGCUUUUCCAAUCGCGCGUAUCCACAACCACAGUUCACGAACUUCUCUUCGCUGACGACUGCGCCCUGAACAUCACCUCGGAAGAAAACAUGCAACGCAGCAUGGACCUAUUCUCCACCGCCUGCGAGAACUUCGGUCUGGUCAUUAGCACGGUGAAGACGGUGGUGAUGCACCAACCGCCACCCAACACAGCCCGCUCCACAUAAUGCGCCGCAAAUCAGCGUGAACGGAACCCAACUGCUUGUUGUAGACAACUUCCCGUACCUGGGCAGAACCCUCUUCCGAGGCCCCAAAAUCGACGACGAAGUAGCCCGCCGGCUUUCGAAGGCAAGUCAAGCCUUCGGCCGUCUUCAAAGCACUGUUUGGAAUCGCCACGGUCUUUAGCUCAGUACAAAACUGAAGAUCUACACGGCCGUAAUCACCUCUACGUUGCUGUAUGGAGCAGAGGCUUGGACGGUGUACACGAUGCGGGCACGCCGACUCAGGCACUUCCGCCUCAGCUGUCUUCGCCGCAUCCUGAGGCUGAACUGGCAGGACCGAAUCCCCGACACUGAUGUACUGGAGCGGACGGGAAUCCUCAGUAUCAACGCCAUGCUGCGGCAACUGUAACUGCGUUGGAGCAGGCACCUCCUGCGGAUAUACGACGAGCGGCUGCCCAAACGACUCUCAUAUUGAGACGCCGCCACCGGUUCCCGCCGCCAAAGAGGCCAAAUACGCCGCUACAAGGAUACUCUGAAGUCCUCCCAGAAGCGUCUGAAAAUCAGUCCGGCCGACGUGUCCACGGUGUCCGCGGCCAUUCAGGACGCCAAAUAGACUUGUUGGACACCUUCGGAUCAACUGCGCCAGUCGGACUGCACCAACCGUCGUCUCUCCGUCAACCUCUCCCUCAGCCUCUACGCCGUCAACUAACUCUGACCGGCCUACCCAUCCAACACUUCCAUCCUCCCCCCCCCCUCCUCCUCCUCCUUCUCCUCAUCCUCAUCCUCAUCCUCCUCCUCCUCCUCCGUCACCUCCUUCUCCUACUCUUCCUCCUCCUGCUCAUCCUCCUGCGCUGCCCCAACGUCUGCCGUCGUGGCGCCUACCACGCCCAUCAACACUACACACCAUUCUACCGCACCGACAAACACCAACACCACCACCAUCGACACUACUGGUGA